AAAAUUCUUAAUGCACGAAAAAACUUGGCAGAGUCAGUUUAUGUUGGUCUGCAUUGGUCUUGUAAUCGGUGAUAACUGAAAUCGUAGAAAAAAGGAUUUGUGUCAAUCUUGAAUUAUAGGAUGGAGCUGAGCGCGAAAGUGAAGAUGCUUUCUCUGGGAAAUAAUAAUCCUUCUCCCUCAAAAAUGCCAGUAAAGGAAAUUGGACGAGGGAAAAUGCAUGUUAUCAAACGUAAUGGACGUAAAGAAGAUGUUCAUUUUGAUAAAAUCACUUCAAGGAUUGCCAAACAGUGUUAUAAUUUGGAUAUGAAUUAUGUGGAUCCAUCUGCUGUCGCAAUUCAAGUAAUACGCGGUUUAUAUUCUGGAGUAACUACAGUCAUAUUAGAUAAUCUUGCAGCUGAAACUGCAGCUACCAUGGCGACUAAUCAUCCCGAUUAUGCUAUAUUAGCUGCAAGGAUUGAUGUGUCUAACCUACAUAAAGAGACUAAAAAAAAUUUUAGUAAGGUCAUGCAUGACUUAUAUCAUGCCAGGGAUUCAGUCACAAAUCAACAUACACCUAUAAUCAACGAGCGAUAUUAUAACAUUAUUAAAAACAAUGCGGAAAAACUAGAUUCUGCCAUAAUUUAUGAUCGAGACUUUAGUUAUAAUUAUAUUGGUUUUAAGACACUUGAGAGAAGCUAUUUGUUGAAAAUCAAUGGCAAGAUAGUAGAAAGACCUCAACAUAUGUUGAUGAGAGUAGCUGUCGGUAUUCAUGAGACAGACAUUGACAAAGCUAUAGAAACAUACAAUUAUUUGUCUGAAAGAUAUUUUACACAUGCUUCACCAACGCUAUUUAACGCCUGUACUAAUAACCAGCAAAUGUCCAGUUGCUUCCUUUUGACGCUCGACAAUGAUAGCAUAAAAGGUAUUUUUGGCACACUAAAGAAAUGUGCGCUCAUUAGUAAAUAUGCUGGUGGAAUAGGACUCAAUGUACAUUGCAUUCGUGCAAAAAGCACGGAAGAUAAUACAGAUACAACUAACGGCUUAGUUUCUGUCUUAAAAUUAUACAAUGACAUGGCUAUUUAUGUUGAUCAAGGUGGAAAUAAGAGACCAGGAGCAUUUGCUAUUUAUUUAGAGCCUUGGCAUGCCGAUAUUUUUGACUUUUUAGAGCUUAGGAGGAACAUUGGAGAUGGAAACAUGCGAGCUAGAGACUUAUUUUAUGGUCUAUGGAUACCAGAUCUCUUUAUGGAACGUGUAUAUAAUAAUGAAAAUUGGAGCUUGAUGUGUCCACAUGAAUCUCCUGGCUUGGCUGAUGUUUGGGGUGAUGAAUUUAAAGAACUAUAUAUUAGAUAUGAAAAGGAAGGUCGCUAUAAAAAACAAGUAGAGGCUAGGGCUGUAUGGGUUGCCAUUCUCAGAUCGCAAGUAGAGACUGGAACUCCUUAUAUGCUUUAUAAAGAUCAUUGCAAUCGAAAGUCUAAUCAUCAGCACAUUGGUACAAUCAAAUGCAGCAACUUGUGCACUGAAGUUAUUCAAUACUCUGGUCCUGGAGAAGUUGCUGUAUGUAAUCUGGCAUCUAUUGCAGUCAAUAUGUUUGUUAAUACGAAUAACAAAACUUUCGAUUUUGAUAAACUUAAAACAAUUGCAAAAGUUGUCACACGUAAUUUGGAUAAAGUUAUCGAUGUCAAUUUUUAUCCCAUUGUAGAAACCAAAACAUCUAAUCAAAAACAUAGACCUAUUGGUAUCGGAAUACAAGGUUUAGCGGAUGCCUUUUUAUUAAUGCGAUAUCCAUUCGAGAGCAAAGAGGCAAAAGAACUCAAUAUCAAAAUUUUCGAAACUCUUUAUUAUGGUGCCUUGGAAGCAAGUUGCGAAUUAGCUGCCGAAAAAGGCACUUAUGAAACAUAUGAAGGUAGUCCGGUCAGCAAAGGAAUCCUCCAAUAUGACAUGUGGAAUGUUAAACCGACAAAUUUAUGGGAUUGGGAUAAAUUGAAAGAGAAAAUCGCGAAACACGGAGUAAGAAAUUCGCUUUUGAUUGCACCUAUGCCAACGGCGUCGACGGCACAAAUCUUAGGAAAUAACGAAUCCAUCGAACCGUACACGAGUAAUAUCUAUGUAAGACGUGUAUUGUCGGGAGAAUUCGUCAUCGUCAAUCCUCAUUUAUUGCGAGACUUAACUGCUAGAGGUUUAUGGGACGAAGACAUGCAGAAUGAAAUACUUGCAAGUUUUGGAUCUGUUCAAAACAUAGACCGUAUUCCUGAUGAUCUGAAAGUGCUUUACAAAACUGUAUGGGAGAUACCGCAGAAAGUAAUUCUCGAAAUGGCGGCUGAUCGUGGAGCUUUUAUCGAUCAAUCGCAAUCUUUGAAUGUUCACAUAGGGGAUCCGACGACUGAGAAACUUACAUCGAUGCAUUUCUUUGGUUGGAGAAGCGGCUUAAAGACUGGCAUGUACUAUCUACGAACAAAGCCAGCUGCAAAUCCUAUACAAUUUACAGUGGACAAAUCUAAAUUACGAAAUAAUGAUUCCAUAUCUAGCGCAUCCACUGUCAAUAAUACCCCUAUUCAGUCUCCCAACAAAGAUGAUGAUAACGAUAACAUUGAAAAACGAAAUCAAUUAAAUCAACAAGCGAGUAAAAAUUUAGAAACAAUGCUUGUUUGUUCACGUAAAAAUGGAGAAGGUUGCAUGUCGUGUAGUUCGUGAGAGUUUACUAUUUUUUGGAAUCUUUUCUCUCAUAUAUCACAGAUACGUAAAACGUUUUCUAUUUUUGUAAAUUAUAUAAACAUGUUUUUCCACAUGUUAAAUAUUCUAAAUUUAAUUAUAUUGUUAAUAAGAUGUUUGAUAAAUAUUGGCGUGCCAAUCAAUAAAUUUAAAUUAAAUUGGUUUAAUGUUGACAAGAGUUUGUACAAAUUAAAUUGCAUUAUCUUUUUUAAUAGAUAUGUAUAUCCAGAAUAGAUAUUAAGCUUUAGGAUAAACACGAAAGAGAUAAAUAAGAUUUGGAAAUUUUUAAAUGUGUUUGUAAGAUUCUUUUUGGAACAUUAAAAAAAGUCACAGCAUGUACAAACUUUUACUUUG